UCUUACUACUACUCUUGGCUACCUCUUGCUUUUAUUUUUAUUUUCAUCUUUCUUAAAAUAUCUUUAUCUUUAUAGCUAUAUAUAUAUAUUUAUAUUCUAUUCUAUUCAUCAGUACUGUACUUCAAUACUGUUCAACUAUACCAUUAUGGAGAAUCAUGCAGAAACUCUCAGGAACAGGUGUGCAGCAUGCUAUAGACAGUUUAACAGAAUGGAUCAUCUAGUGGAGCACAUGAGAAUAUCAUAUCACUCAGUUCAUGAACCCACCUGUGGAAUCUGCAGGAAACACUGCAGAUCAUUCGAGUCUUUAAGGGAACAUCUUAUUGGGCCACUGCCAAAGCAAGAAUGUAAAAGCAUAUUCAGCACGAGAGGAUGCAGAUUCUGCUUGUCCAUAUUUGACAGCUCUUAUUCUGUCAGAGUUCAUCAAGAGAGAUGUCAACUCUCUGGUCUCAAUGCUGGAGUACUUGGUCGGUUGGCAAAUUUAGGAAUCCGAGACAAUCUGGAUAGCAUAAAUAGCAGAGGUGGUAGAGGCACACAAGUGGUGGCAAUGGCUUGCAAAAUGGUUGGGGGUGGCAUGGAUGGCACACUUGAUGUGUGCGCAAGGGUCUGCCUCAUUGAUCAAAAUGAAAACAUUAUAUUCCAUACUUAUGUCAAGCCCACCAUUCCUAUCACUAACUACAGGUAUGAAACAACAGGCAUUCGUGCUGAGUAUUUAAGGGACGCUAUGCCACUGAGACAAGUGCAGACUAAGAUUCAUGAGUUCCUGUGUAAUGGGGAACCCAUGUGGAGGAUCCGACCCAGAGGUGGUAAAGCUAGGAUUCUUGUAGGUCACGGUUUGGAUCAUGACCUCGAUCGUCUCCAGAUUGAGUAUCCAUCACUUAUGAUCAGGGAUACUGCCAAAUAUCCUCCCCUGAUGAAAACAAGCAAGCUCAGCAACUCACUCAAGUAUCUGACUCAAGCAUAUCUUGGUUAUGACAUCCAAAUUGGAAUUCAAGACCCUUAUGAGGAUUGUGUUGCGACAAUAAGGCUUUACAAUCGAAUGAGAGCACAGAAUCACAGAGCGGAGGACUAUCCAUUGGCUUCUGACCCUCAAAAUCGCAACAACUUUGCUUCGUGGAGACAAUCUGAGCUUGAAAGAAUGAGCCCUGAACAAAUGUUGGAUAUCUCUAGGUCUGAUUACUACUGUUGGUGCUUGGACUCCAAUUAAUUAUUAUAUAUCUAUAUAUAUUCACCUACGUACUUAUAUAAUAUAAUAUAAUAUAUAUAUAGCUGCUAUCUAUAAUUCUAUCAUCAUAGAGUUAUGAUCGUAAGUCAGCCUAGCUAUUAUAUAUAAUAAUCAAUAAUAAAAUGGGAAUAUAUAUGAUGUUAUUUCCAUUAUAUUUAUAUAUAUUAUCAUAUGUAUGUUUCAUAGCAAUUUUAGUUUAUUAUGUCAAGCCAAACCGAAUUCAUGAUGUACCAUA